UAUCGUUUCGGUGAAAUUUAAUAAGACGUUUAUUCGCGUGCGUGGGCGAGAUACACGGAUUCCGAACGCAUUUGAAUCUUACGGGAGUACCUGCCGUGUGAAAAUCUUUGAAGAAUGUGAGGGUGGUAUCGAAGAUCAGGUGAAGCAUUGUGAUCGGUAGAAUGAAAAAAACGGACCGAGCUGUACCUGCUAAGAGCUGCAUCCUUCGGAAUGGUCGGUGCAUCAGUCGACAGGAAAGGGAGCAUUGUGGUAACGAGAGAGAGAUGAGAACAGGCCCUUUCAAUGUGAGCAACAGCUCCUACGGUCGGCAACCUUUUCCGGCCUGGUAUCGAAAGCUCUUUAAGAAUGCUUUUAAAAUUAAAAAUACGGAUGAUAUGGUAAAAUCUAAACCAAAAGCACGACGACUACUUGGCAUGGGUUCGCGUCGCUUUUCCAGUCCAGAACCAGUAUCGCCAUCUUUCGAUAAAGAAAAUAAUAGCGUCGCUUGCAUAUCGCAUACGAGUGCUAGCCCUCAAAAGAUUGUCGGUGUAAAGAGGCCCCGUCAUCCGUUAGAAGAUUGGGAUCCUAAUAGUCAAGAUAGCGGAUAUGAAGCAAGCUUUCUCGAAAAGGAAGAAAAGUCGAAACGAGAUAGGUUUCGAUUUGUGGAGCCUCUUGCUGUUGCUCCUCGUCGAAUGUUUGAAUGCCGAAGCCCAAUGGAAUCUCCGAUACGAUCAUCGCCACAACGAACACGAGUUGCACGACCAUCAUUAUUUCGAAGUCUUUCAUCCGGUUACGAGAGUAUGGAUGAUGGAUUCAAUGAGUUGAUAGAUGAGAAUUCCGACGGUACGACGGAAUUGCCGAACGGGAUUUCAACUCUUCUUUGCGGCGAUAUUGUAAGUUGCGAUGUAGAAAACGAAACCAUGAUCUCUGACUCGAAUCCGAGUACACCCGAAUUUCCACGUACCAACAAUGGUGCAAGCGGUUUUAGGCGUUCAUUGUUAUUACAAGAUGAAAGACAAGAGGACCGGAGAAAUUCAUCUCUUUCAAAAGUACGUUCUUGUUUGUUUCGUUCUCCGAACGCAAGUUCGUCCACUGUAAAUCCAGGUUUUGAGGAUACUAGCCCGUUGGCGUCGACGAUACCUGUGACCCGCCGUAGACGAAUUUCUUCCGAUUUUGUUGAUAGGAACGCUAUUGCGAAUUGCGGAGUCGAGAAUAAUUCUCCAUUAUUCGUUCGAAUGUUUAAACGACCAGAUCCACCGAUUAAUGAUAGCCCGAAACUAAUAAAAAAAUCACGAAUGUCAAACAGUUUUAACGAUAUUGCAAAGGAAUGCGAUGUAAAUGAAGGCAUGGCAUUUGAUGUGAAGUACGUGCAAAGAAAUUUCUCUUCUUCAGAAUCAGUAAUGCCAACAGCAAUAGAGACAACAAAUAUAGAAGUAGAUGUAGAAAUGGAAUCGGAAACGGAAACGGAAGUAAAGUCAGAAGAUGAAACACAUGCGCACAUUAAAUCGGCCAUACAUCGUAGUAUUACCGACGCUGAUCUUACAGGAGAUUUUAGUAAACCGUGUGUUCUACCAUUGGCAGUCGGUCACCACGAAGACUUGAAAUCGAUUUCCGUCGAUACAUUAGCUGCCUUGAUACACGGAGAAUUUAGUGAUCGAAUUGGUUCAUUCAAAAUCGUAGAUUGUCGUUAUCCAUACGAGUUCGAUGCUGGCCAUAUUCAAGGCGCUUUGAAUCUUUAUAGCAAAGAUCUUAUUGAGCAAAUACUUUUGGAUCCGUUGACAAAUAGGCCCGAAAUUCAACCAGAUACAAAUAAAAGAAGUAUUUUAGUGUUUCAUUGUGAAUUUUCGUGGGAACGCGGCCCAAAUCUUUCACGAUUUUUGCGUAGUUUGGAUCGGCAACGUAACAAAGAACAUUAUCCCGCUCUUUAUUAUCCAGAAGUUUAUCUUUUGCACGGUGGAUACGAGAAAUUUUACAAGGAACAAAAGGCGUUAUGUACGCCACAGGGUUACCGACCGAUGAGACAUCCUGAUAACCAAGCUGACCUUAGACAAUUUCGGAACAAAAGUAAAAGCUGGCAAGGUGAGAAGUCAAGAAUCGGUGGUAGUGCAACGCGAAAUAAUCUAAAACGUUUAGGUUUCUAAUUCUCCGUUUUUCUCUCUUUCUCUCUUUCUCUCUCUCCCCUCCACUAUCUUUUCUUUCUUCUCUUCGUUUCUUUCUUAUGUACACUCUACCAAUUCUUGUCUUUCUCACUCUUGUUGCUUCAUUUUCAUCAACAAUUGAUAAUCGAUUUGGGGUUGAAAGAAUAUGAUCCGGUAUAAAAACGCAUAUAAGUGCAAAUUGCAAAUAGUAGAUAAAGUGAGAUAUAAAGAAGGAACAUUUUUCUUUUCAUGCUAUUCUCACGACAAAUGUGUAGUUGUUCCUAUUUUACUUUUUUUUGUAAAUAAUGAUAGUUUGUUUUGUUCAAAUACGCUUAAAUUUUUAGUUAAACAAUUUUAGGAAGAGUGUACUUACACGUUUUUAUAACAAAGAAUAACGAUAAAAGCAUUAAGUUAAUGCAGAGAAGAAUACUUGCUCACCUUUAUUACCCUCGUGAAAUAAAGUAAAAUAAGAUAGUGGUAGAGCAAAACGAGUCGAUAACGAUGAUUAUAUUCUCGGGCAGGUUUCCCAUUCGUAUGUAUUCAAUAUCGACGUUUUUUUUUUUUAUCAAAUUCGCGUAUAUUUUUGCACGGAAUUUAAUGUCGUUGUUGCUCGGGAUACUCUGUUUCGCCAAAGUCUAGCGUGUAUACACCAAAUGUAUAAGAAAUGAGCGAGAAAUUAUUAGAAGAUUGAAAUGUCUUCGAAUGUGCAAAUUUAUUUGUUAUGUUGAAUGUGGUGAUGACGUACGCAUGGUGUGUAUUCGUGUAUGUAACGCAUGUGCGCUCGCGUGCGUAUAUGUGCGUAUAUGUGCCGUAUGGUGUGUAAAGAAAGAUAUUAAAAUAAUCAUAUGUUACAUGCAUUUACUUAUUUUAUGUAAUAUGAUAUAUUUCAAACGAUUAAAAAAAUCUUUAUUUCAAUUGUA